AUGGACUGCUUCCACUACGUGUACCAUUGUGCCGGUAGCUCCGCAACAUCGAGGCUGGUGCUACACACGAGUGGCGCGAUGUCCAGCAGUGACAGCAUGCUUUCAGUCAGAGCGCGCACCAACUUCGUCCCCGGUGAUAACAAAGGAGACGUUAAAGAGGAAACAAUGGUUGGUAGCAGCGAGCAGGAUGUGACGAAGGAGUGGACAAUUGUUCUGCGCUCCGACGAGAAUAUUUUAGUUGGAGAAGUACCAGCUUCUCAUGACAACCUUUCUAAGCUCCGGCUGUUGUCGUCCGUCAAAUUUUUUUCCACGGUUGCAACUGUGAUCAUGGUUCUAGGUAGUAGUAGCAGAGACGAGACGUCCUUUGAAGCCACCCCCUGGUUGGAAUCAGACUGCGAAGAUGAUUUCUACAGCGUCAACGAAGAUCUGACGCCUGCGGGAUCGUUCGCAUCCCGAACCAGCGGCCGGAACACUCCGCCACCUAGACCCCGCGAUCUACCGACACUGGCGGUGAUCCUGAAGGCCGAACCCCUGAAGCCGCCGCCGCCGCAAAGGAGGCUGGGCGACCUCCUGCGAGAGGCGCAAGACGACGACAAUGACAAUGACACCGCCGUCGACGGCCUCUCCAGAGACGACUCCUUGCGCAUGGGCGCGGAGGCCAACCGGUGCUGCGUGCCGCGGCUCGCGUGGGCCAUUAGCUGCAACGGGAGGACACAACGCAAGUGA